AUGACCUACCGGUACCUAAUCACACCGCCUUUGUCCUAUAGCGUGGGCCCUUCCAAAAAACCAAAAUCCACCUCCAGCUUCAAUACCCGCCUGGAAUCCCCCGGUAAUAGAUUGCUUCAUCCCCCCCGUCUUCCCCGUCACUUCAAGUCAAUGGCAUCUGGUGCUCUGUCAUCACUGAUCCACCAACUUCCGGACUCUCUGCAAAGCUAUCUCUCAACUUCCAUCUCGCAUCUUCAAACCGUCUACGAAUCCCUCCCCCCCAGCACCCAAACCGCCAUCGCCACCGCAGCCAGGUACACUCACCUUGACAGCGUCUCGCCGCCCGCCCAGCUCAUUCUUCUCCUAACUACCUCCACCCUCUUCGCCGUCUCAAUGAGUAGUUGGGGCCGCUCCUUGUUCGGCGGCUCGAAUGCGCGCUUUUCACCCUUUGGAAGCAGAGCAUACCCGCCCAACGUCACCGAAGAUGACUUCUCUUACAUUACCUCUGAGGACCUUGCCCAGCCAGGCCGAACAUACGACCCCCACGCCCGCCCUCCGCCUUCUAUGGCAGCCGAAGACGACGUCCUGCUGAUCAAGAACAAAGGCGUGACAUACCCCGUCAAGUUCCCCGCCUACAGCAUUGGAGAUGGCAAGCUACAAGUGCGUGACGUGAAGGAUCGGGCGGCGGCAGUCAUGGACCUGCCGAGCAGCCAGGGGAUCAAGCUUCUAUACAAGGGGCAGCAGCUGAAGGACGACUACAAGCCUUGUAGAGACUACAGUCUGAAAAAUAAUAGCGAGGUCCUGUGCGUAGUCGGCGAAGCACUAGCACGCAGCGACGACUCUGGCGACGACGCCUCCAGUGCGCAGGAAGGCGGCUUCUUCAGGAAGAAGCGCAGCCGCAAGUCUAAGAAGAAAUCCAGUAGCAAGAAAAAGAGCGACGCCAACCUAUCCCCGGAUUCUGGCGCAGCCUCCCGCACCGCCUCGCCUGCGAUCCCAAAGACAGCCAUCGAGAAGCUGGAGACGAUCUCGAGCCAUUUCCACACGAAGAUCCUACCGUUGUGUGUCCAGUUCACGAUGAACCCACCCGAAGAUCCGAAGAAAAAGGAUUUUGAACAUAAGAGGCUGAGUGAGACGAUUAUGAACGAGGUGUUGCUUAAGCUGGACGCGGUGGAGACGGACGGAAAUGAGGAGGCGAGGGACAAGAGGCGGGCGCUGGUCAGGGAGACGCAGGAGGUGCUGAGCGGGCUGGACGCUAAGAUGGGGGAGUCAUAG